UUACUGAAAUCUCGCGAUCUGCUCUCCAAGAAGACGUAUAGCAUCAGGCUAACCGAAAAAAGGCUUAUAUUUCCUUUUAUCCAUCAACUAACAAGAUAUAAAGCAGAAGCGGGAUUUAAGAGAGUCUUCCCCGGGGCUUCAAGAUGUCGGACAGUGAGGACAGCGACUUCUCCGACAACGCGAGUGGCAGCAGCGAUGGAGAGGCGGAGGAGGCGGAGGGGAUUGAGGAGACGAACAGCCCUGUGGGCAGCGACAAGGUAGCAGAGGAGGAGGGGGAAGACCUGCUGGAGGAGGAGGAUGAAUACGAUGAAGAGGAGGAAGAAGACGAUGACGAGCGCCCGAGGAAGAAGCCGAGGCACGGAGGCUUUAUUCUGGACGAAGCCGGUACGCUGACCUGAG